ACGGAUCGUCACUUUAACCGGUAGUUAGAUGUACAGUUCAGGUCACAGUUGUCCGUAAAUAAAGGCUGUAGCUUAUCAAGACCAAAGCGAAGUUCUCGUGUUGUUUCCCAACUGCUGGAAAAGUGAAGGAGGUUAGCCCGAAGCAAAAAUCAACUUCGGUCCCGGAGGAAAACAAAUACUGAGAGCUUUCCCACUGGCUAGUCGGGAAGCUAAACAGGAAAAGGCUAACGCUAGCUUGUAGCUAAGUUAAGUUUGCAAACGUUUUCGAACUAGGUUAGAAUUAGUGAGCUAGUAGCAGCACACACGAUGUUUAGUCGUAGACUAUCGCUCCUGGAGCUUCUUUCCAUUUGUUUCUUCCUACUGACUUUGGCUGAAAGAAUCACCGGACUGGAAAACGGGCCAGGUGUCAUCGAAGUGGUUGCAAAAGAAGGGGAUGAUGCUGUUUUACCCUGUUCCCUCAGCACCAAGCAGAACAUUGUACCAGGGCUCUUUGACUGGAAGAAAGAUGGUCAGAAGGAGGUCUUCCUGUAUGAUGCAGGCAUCCAUUACAGUAACGGCCGAGCAGGUCAGGAUGAGCAGUUCAAAGGUCGCAUCUUGCAUUUUGAGGAAGAACUGAAGCACGGCAACGCCUCCAUCAUCAUCAGAAAUACGAACGUCGCUGACAGUGGAGACUACACCUGUGGUUUUCCACAUCUGCAGCCGAAUGGACAAAUAUUCCACAUCAAGCUUGUUGUUCAACUUAUCUUAAGGGACCGAUUUGGAGACAUCAAAGAUGCGUCUCCAAAGCCAUGCAUCUCAACGCUCAAUCAAACAGAGGAGAUGGCGCUGCUGCAGUGUGAAGUUCGAGGUGCGUCUCCUAAACCUACAGUGGAGUGGUGGGACAGUGCUGGAAACAAGCUCCAUGCUGAGGAGCCGCAGACCCCCUCUGGAGGAGACCGUCACUACGUCACCCUCCUCACCACCGUCACCACGACUAGCCGCGUCCGCUGUGUAGCCACACAGGAGGAAAUCGGCCAUCAGACUGAAGCUGAGACGUUCGUGUUUAUCAGUGGGAAACUGUGUGAGGACCUGUCCAGCAAAGUGGACAUUGUUGGAUGGUUGUUGGCUGGAUGCGUUUUGGGAGCAGUAAUUGUUGCUGCAGCUCAGCUUGUUCUUGUAGCCACAAAGUGCAUCACAAUACGCCGUAACAAAGGUUCUCGUCUGCAGAGAGACGGUUCCUCUUCCUCAGACACGCCCGACACGAAGGCAGGAAUGUUGUUGUAGUGUGUGUGUGUGUGUGUGUGUGUGUGUGUGUGUGUGUGUCUGUGGGUGUGUGUGUGUGUGUGUGUCUGUGGGUGGGUGUGUGUGUGGCUGUGGGUGGGUGGGCAGGUUGGGGUAUACAUGUACUUGUUACAUAGUGAGGACCAGAACAAGGACACACUCCAGUAGACACUUGUUGAAGUGUUCUUGGGGACUGAACACCAAAGUGCCCAUGGUGGUUAUUUUUGUAAAGCAGGUCGAGUGGUCAGCACGAGUAGAGAAGGGCUGUACGAGGACAGGACAUCUCUGUGAAACUUGACGAGUUGUUGGUUAAACUUACAGACUGGUUUUAACAAAUACACACAGAAUAAAUGCUUCCUACAUGACAAACAACCAUGACAGAGUAUCAACAAAGAUUUAAGUUUCACAAAGAUGGUUUUUAUUCCAGAACUUUUGUAUCGAUGAACUGUUCCUGUUUUUUUUUAAUGUUGUCAUUGCUUUUGUAAUUUAACUUGUUUUAUAAUCCCAUUCCAUUGUGUCAUUAUGUACCAUGUCUAUUUGUCACUCUGUCACACUGCUGACCUUCAGAUUCACAGCUGAACCUUCUACUAUACUGUUGUUAAGGACAUUAUAGCACCUAAAUAAUGAGGUAACAAACAGAAAAAGGGAUCCUAUAAAACUAAAGAGAUUUACAAGAAGUUGUUUAAAAGAUCAUGUUGAUCGUAUCAAAGCCAAAUGUUUUGUUCCAAAAGCUCUCAAAAAGGACGGAUACCCUGAAUAACCAGGUGACCCGUCAGACCAGCAGACACCAGGUUCUCAGGCGUCCAUUAAAGUCUACAACGUAGGUACAGCAUAUCAUGAAGCUUAUAGCCUAACCAUGUUGUGCCUGAAGACAACAGCAACAAGCUAAAUACUACAACUCUUAUGAAAAGCAAUAGUGAUUGAUACAGUGAAUGUUGAGCAGUAGCAGUGUGAAUAAGCUGGUGUCAAGGGUUGUUCCUUCAGAUGAGAAGAGAAAGAAAGCAAUUCAUUUUCAGUCCAAGACUUUUAUAAACAUUAAUGUAUCCAAGAUUCCCAGCUGAAGGAAAAAGACUGCAAAGUAAAGCUGAAGAUAAUCACACUGGCUUUAGUCGCUGAAGAACGUUGUUACUCAGCCAGACAUGGAUUCCUCGCUGUAUUUAAUCUUGCUGAAGAUAUUGUGUUGUUAAAGCAUUUUUUUGUUACUUUUUGUAACUCGCAUACUUUCAACAAAUGUUAAAAUAUAUGAAAAUUUAUCAAAUGCCAGAACUAUAUUUUUCUAAUGAAAAUAAAGUGAAAACCAAAGUGA